AUGGCAAAGAAACAGGAAAAGGUGUAUUUAGGAUAUGAAGAAGAAAUCAUAAAUGAUAAAAAUCGAACGCUUCUUAGUUUUACAGUUAAUAAAAUUGGAGGUUUACCCGACUGGCCCUUACCAGAGAAUUUUAAGUUUCCUUCCAAAUGUCCCAUAUGCAGUUUGCAUAGGCUUUUAGUUGUUCAAUGUUAUGCUCCACUUGAAAACUCUGAAUAUCAUCGAACCCUCUAUGUGUUCGCUUGUAUUAAUCCCAAUUGCUGGAACCAAUCAGAAAGUUGGAGUUGUAUUCGCGGCCAAAUUAAAGAUGACUCAAGUAAAACAAGUGCUGUUGUUGCCAUACCAAGUGUAGAUGCUAAUUUAAGCUGGUGUAAAGGCUCAGAUGAUUGGGAUGAAAAUGACAAUGGAGAUUCAGCUAAUGGAAAUGUAAUGAAUGUGGAUAAUAUUUCAAGCCCAAACAUUCACAGAAAUUCUGAUGAUGAUGAUGAAAGUAAUUCUUAUGACUUAGAAGCCGUUGAACAAGCAUUGGGAAAUGUACACAUGUAUGAUGCUCAUAAUGCAAAUCUCUCUCCAUUACAAGGAGCUGUAGGUGCUAUAGGUGUUCCCAUGCCAGCUGCAGAAUUGGAAGGUGGAGAUGAACCUGGCCUGGUCACAGUAGAAACCCCUACAGCGCCCACUAGCAAUAUUGAAGUGUUGUUACAUCAGACAGCUGAAUUACCUGCUGAAUUGCGAAGUCGACUCAUGUAUGGCCCUUUACAAUUUGUCCCAAAAUAUAUCUAUGUAGAAGAAGAAUGGAAGAAGUCUUCUUAUAAUGAUGAGAAAAUAACUGAAUUGCUCAACAAAUACACGAAAGAAUCAGAUUUAGAAGCAAAUGUGAAUGUAGAAAGAGGAAACUUGGCAGGCGAAGAAGAAGUGUAUGAAGAAGCCACACCGCUUCACGGAGAUAGACUCUUCCACUCCUUCUUAUCACGAUUGCAAGACAACCCGGGACAGAUACUUAGGUACAGUCGCGGCGAACCACCACUACUUGGAGCGCCUAUAAUGUUAGACAGCCCAUCUUGUCCAUUAAUUUGUACCCGAUGUGGUGCCAAUCUAAUCUGUGAACUUCAACUAAUGCCGGGAUUUGCAGAAACGCUUCAAGUUAUUCCCGGAAAUAUAUGUCUAUCCCAUUUGCAUUUCUUAUCUGUGCUCAUUUUCACUUGCUCUCAAAGUUGCUGGCAACCCAGUGAUAUAUAUGUUCCGGAAACUGUUAUAUUUCAACCGGAAGUUAUCUAA